AGUUAUGUUACCACUGAUUCCAUUGAGCUGAUUCCCCCUUCACUACAUUGCUAGGCUACAUUAUAACCUCGAAUGGAUACAUCUGACGGGCAUUACAGGCUACAUUAUAACCUCGAAUGGAUACAUCUGAUGGGCAUUGCAGGAGGGACAAAUAACGGUAUUUCUAUUGAAGGGAGUAUUGGCAGAUUAAGAAAUCUGACCAUUGCAUACAAUAUAUGUAUUUUAAGGAAUUUCCAUUUGUUUGCAAUGAAGACAACUCAGAUGGAGAAGAUAAACGGACACAGGAAAGAAGCGGUAUAAUAUGCACUCUUGCAAGCAUCUCUUAAAUAACAUAAUUUCGGCGAAAAUGGUCGCAGAACUUCUGAGUUUUCCUUUAACUCAUCUUUCAAAUAUAUUUUCCUGACACCAUAAGCUACCCUGUUGCGAUACUGAGCUAUGGUAAUGGGUGAAACAGUGGGCGUUCAUAGCCAGGGCCAUAGUCGAUAGUUAUAAGGCAAUGAAAGGAAACGGCUUUGCAUAAAUCCUACACCAGGACUGCUGCGUGAAGAUGAGAGGCUUGCCCUUCUACCAAGAGGACGAUGACAAUACAUCCACUGAGCAUGACCAAAACAUUGAUAUCGGACCUUGAAAUCCAUGCCUGAAUCUCUUUUGUCCUAUCUGCCCUUGGAGGGGGCGAGAUAGAGGAGACUUUCCUCUUUGACUCAAUAUAAAGGAGACGAGAGCAUUCACGUCCGAGAAAUGGAUAAACUCACCGUUAUAUCAGGAUGUCUCUUUCUAGCAGCUGAUAUCUUUGCUAUCGCCAGUAUUGCCAAUCCGGACUGGAUCAACACAGGAGAUGCAGCUGGUAAGUUAGGUUCCCUGACGGUAGGCCUGGUGCGGCAGUGCCAGACCAUUCACGGUCGUGACCGGACCUGUAUCCCCCCGCGGCUGCCCCCAGAGUGGGUCACCACCCUCUUCUUCAUCAUUCUGGGCAUCAUCUCCCUCACGGUGACCUGCGGCCUGCUAGUGUUAUCACACUGGUACCGUGAAGCCACUCGUUAUGCCCGCUGGAUUGCCUUCACUGGGAUGAUCCUGUUUUGUAUGGCGGCUCUUAUAUUUCCUAUAGGAUUUUACAUCGAUGAGGUUGGGGGACAACCUUAUAAACUACCCAACAACACAGUGGUGGGGUCAUCAUAUGUACUCUUUGUUCUAUCUAUAUUUUUCACUAUAGUGGGACUACUGUUUGCAGGAAAGGUCUGCUUGCCUGGGUGACAUAUUGGACACUUAAGUGUCCCGCUUGCGUCGCCUCAUUAGCUAGCUUUUGAGGUGGCACCAUCGGCUAAGACACUUAAGGAGGGCGGCUACGUGUGUUUUGUAAGGCAGAGGUCCUGAGUUCACGCCAGGUAUGGGCCAAAUCGUGAGGAAGUGGUACUGGCUAAGCAAGCAGCGUGACAGCAUGACGUUUGGAUGCCUGGAAGGGAAAAAUAAGAACUGUGAGAAACACACUUUCUCUGUGUUUGUGGAACUCUCUGAUGCACCUUUGGAUGACAGGUCUCUACAGCCCCUCGCCCUGGUCCCAUAGGACAGGUAGAAGGCACUAGCCUGUCUGUGGUCAUAGAUAUGGGAGGAAUGGACACCUAUCCAGUCCCUUCACAGAUCAGUGAACACAGAAGUUUUGUUCCACGAAUAGAGUGCCUUUUCGGGUAGUGUAACUUUUUAUUUCACCUAAUUUUAACAUUUUGUCCUAAAAAGCACGUUUUAACGUCAUAAGAAAUAUGUUUCUCCAACUCCUUUUGAAAAAAAUAUAUUUAAAAAGGAAUCAUUUCACCAUAUUUAAACGAGAGUUCAGUUGACGUAACAGGGUUGACCUUAAACCUGUGCGACAUGAAUCACUAAUCAAAUGAAAUAAAUAAUAAAUCUUCAGACAUCACUUUGUCAAAGCAACAAAUGUUAUUAGGGCUUUACAUUGGUUAUGAACACUUGGGGAAAUUUGGAGAUGUUAAGUGGGUUAAAAUCUUUAAAGUCGGAGAAAAAUGACAUGGGACAUGCCAAAAUGAUCACAACUCAGGAUAAGACCCAGAUGCACAGUUCGAAUCACACAUGUUUAUUAACAAAACAGGGCAAGCAGACGACAGGUCAAGGGCAGGCAGAGGUCUGUAAUCCAGGGCAGAGACAGUAAGGUACAGAACGGCAGGCAGGCUCAGGGUCAGGGCAGGCAGAGGGGUCAAAACUGGAAGAACAAGAAAAAUGGGGUAGAGAGUAAGAAACAGGAGUAUGGGGAAAACACGUUGGUAGGCUUCACGAGACAAGACGAACUGGCAACAGACAAACAGAAAACACAGGUAUGAAUGCACAGGGGAUAAUGAUGGGCAACACCUGGAGGGGCUGGAUACAAGCACAAGACAGGUGAAACAGAUCAGGGUGACAAAAAUUGGGAUUUUCUGAGAUAACCAAUGUAUUUUAAUGUAAAACACACUACAAAUAUUUUUUUAAAUGUUUAGUUAGAGUGUAGAUGUAUAUAGUGCUUUCAUACCUCUUGAUUUAUUCCACAUUUUGUUGUUACAUACAGCCUAAAUUAAAAAUGGAUACACACAAUAGCCCACAAUGA